AUGGGUUUAGUGAUGAGAAUUUUGCUGCUGCAGCUACUGCUGAAAGCUUCUCAGGAUAAAAAAUUUGUAUGUGAAGAAGCAGACAGAGCACUCAACAAAAUGGUUGAAUUCAUGACGCCUCUCCCUUUGCUCCACAAGCUCCGGGCUUAUGCUAGCCAUGCCAACCCCCGAGUCAGAGCCAAAGCUGCAAUUUCAAUCUCUCUCUGUGCCUCAAAGAUGGUACAUGGGCUGCAAGGAAUGAAAGAAUUUGGGUUAGUUUCAUUGAUUCAAAUGGCCGCAGAUUUGUUGAACGAUAGGCUUCCUGAUGCAAGAGAAGCUGCUCGAAGUAUUGUGACAUCGAUAUAUGAGGCGUUCACAGAGAAUGAAGAAAAUGAAGAGCAGAAGCAGGAGUCAUGGCAAGACUUUUGCCAAUCUAAUUUGCAAGCUAUUCAUGCACAAGCCAUAGUUAAACUCAUCUCUUCUUGGUAG